AACCAACAAAGCACCAAUCACUCUAUAGCGUCUACAACCAUUCUUCCAUCUCUUGUUUUAACUAGCUCUUUUCUUCACCUCUUCUUCUACAUCAGCAUGGGAGAAGGAACCACCAACCUCCCACCUGGUUUCCACUUCUUCCCUUCCGAUGAAGAGCUGGUCAUCCAUUUCCUCUAUCGCAAGGCGGCUCACCUUCCAUGUCAUCCCAUCAUCCCAACAAUUGAACUCCACUAUUGUGAUCCAUGGGAUCUUAAUGGUAAAGCUCUUCAAGGAGGUAACUAUUGGUAUUUCUUCACCCAUAGGGCCCAAAAUAGGGAGACUGCCAAUGGUUACUGGAAACCUAUCGGCGUCGAGGAGUGCAUAACCAGCAGCAGUGACCAUAAUGAUGUUGGCUUGAAGAAGACUCUCAUAUUUUAUGUUGGAGAACCUCCCGAGGGAAUCAAAACCAAUUGGAUAAUGCAUGAGUACCAUCUAUUGGAUGGUGUUCUUGGUAAUGCCAGUAGUGGUGGUGGUGGCAGCAGCAGGUCUCUGAAGAAGAGAAGAAGCCCAAGAAUUGAAUCCAACAAGUGGGUGAUAUGCCGAGUUUACGAAUCGAGCUGCGGUUCGCAGGGCUUCCAUGAUGAAGGGAUGGAGCUUUCAUGCUUGGAUGAAGUUUUCUUAUCACUGGAUGAUCUUGAUGAAGUAAGCUUGCCAAAUUAGAUCGGAGUCCCCACUUCGCCAAGGCUAAUAAUAAGAAACCAACCUAACCAAUGUAAUUUAUACCGGUGUUUGCACUCUUUGAUGUUGUCUCCAAUAACAUCUGUAUCAAUGUCUAAGAACUUAGUUUCUUAAGCUCAUUCAAGUGAUUCAA